AUGGCUAUGGCUACAUCUCCCAGUGACUCUGUCAUGAGGAUGGAAGAUCCCAAGGUGCCAAUCUCGCAAAUUGACUGGGACAUUGAGCAACGAGAACCCGAGAAGAAACGCUCGGGUGUGCUCAAUGUAGUGGUUUCCGGGUUGGCCUUGUUCAGUGAUGGAUACAAUGCUCAAAUCAUUACAUGGGGCGGAAUGUCUUGGACCAUAAAGUCGCGUCUAUCGAACUCAUAUCUCAUUGGUGAGAUCUUUGGCAUGCUUUUUUUUGGUGUUCUAAUUGACCGCAUUGGUCGUCGGACUGGUAUCGUCGCUGCGACGGCAUUUCUCAUUAUUGGAGUGAUGUUGGCAACUGCGUCUCAUGGAAAAUCACAACUAGGAGGCAUCGCAGGGUUUGGCGCUGGAGGAGAAUACCCUGUUUGUGCUACCUGUGCCACUGAGGCUGCCGAUGAGACAGCCCACCUCCGGAAGCGACGCGGUUUCUUGGUCGCAGUGACCACCGAUUUUGCUAUAGACCUGGGAUUUGUUGCAGCUGGCUUGGUUGCUCUUAUUGUUCUCGCGUGUUACAGCCAACAAACUUCCGAAGGGAUCUGGCGCGUUACAUUAGGUUUGGGUAUUGUGUACUACGUCGCUACUGAAAACCCAUGCUUGGAACAUGUGUUGUUCACCAUGGCUUGGUUCUGUUAUGACUUUGUCACAUAUCCAUUUGGUCUGUUCUCGUCCACCAUAAUUGAGCAGCUGAACUCCAACAACACCACAGUUCAGAAUAUUGGAUACGGGACCGUUAUCAACUGCUCUUAUCUUCCAGGAUGCUUGCUUGGUGGCAUCCUCAUGGAUCGAAUCGGCCGCAAACAGACCAUGACCCUAGGAUUUAUGAUCUGGGCUAUAUGGGGAUUUAUUCUGGGCGCUGCACUUCAACCUAUUCAAAGUGUUUUCCCGCUUUUUAUAGUCAUGUUUGGCAUUUUCCAAGCACUCGGCGAGAUGGGCCCUGGUGUCUCGACGUUCCUCUGUGCUUCGGAGUCAUUCCCAACACCCCUCCGUGGCCAUUUCCUCGGAUUAGCAGCCGCAGUCGGGAAAGCCGGAGCGUCGAUUGGGACAGAAGUUUUCACCCCGAUCCAGAGCUCCUUCGAUACCACCGCAAAAGGCCAGCAAGCAGUUUUCCUAAUUGGUGCGGCCUUCACGGUGGUGGGUGGUCUGGUUGCCUGGUUCCUUAUCCCGGAUAUGUCUCGCGAGCUAGAGACAGAGGAUGCCAAGUUCAAAUCAUAUUUGGAAGAGAAUGGGUAUGAUGUGAGUUUGUAUGGCGAGGCAUUGGUCGUCAACGCCCGCGCUUCGACUUAA